AUGCUAUGUCGGUUUGUGUCUCAGGCGGCGACAGUAUCACUCAUUGGGGUUACCCGAUGGUCGUCCGCCAGCUACCGAAUAACGUCCGCACCUAAUGCCGUGCUGUGGAAAUUCGUUGACAGAGAGAGGCCAGAUACUACAAAUGGAGCUAAGUUGAUCAGCGAAAUCGUCCAAUUGGCACCACCAAAUGGAGGGAAAGUGUCUACGCCACCAUCAUCGAGAUCUUAUCCCCAUCAAAUCCCAGAUAACCAUGUACUAGGGAAGCCGAAAGAAACCAUCGAGGCUGCGUUUCAUCAGGGUUUGAAUCUUUCUCCGUGGGUGGUGAGAGAGUUUAACACUCUCACAGCACCCAAGUCUGUAGGUUGGACGCCAUUCCUCUUCCGGGACUUGGCAACUGCCUUCGUAUGA